AUGUACUCCGCGCGUACCAAAUUGGAAACCAAUAACCACCGCGCAAAGAUCACUAGUGUAAUGGAGCCUAUGCGCCAACAAUGUUAUUGGCCCCGACGUCAGAAACAGCCCACUUUCUCCAGUAUUCCGCCUAUGACGACCACUUGUACGCCUCUUAUCGCUCACAAACGCCUAGUCGCGCACCGGUCGAUUCGGGGCACCACGGAAUGCUCCACCGUGGACCUCAUCCAGGCCCGUCCCUCUACCCGCGCAGGGCCGCUAUAG